AUAAACACGCUUCGUUUAUCCCGCGGGUAUGUCAACUCCGUCGUCAUAAGUAGGCCUCCAGUGUUUCUUCUUCUUCACGACGAUCCAAACUUGGCCAAAUUUUCUCGUCCAAUUCUCCGACCAAACCAUCCCUGAAAUCUCACCCUUUCAAUCCCCACUCUCAAACCCAAAAUUCGAUUCCUUUUAGACCCAAAUCAACACAUCUUUACUUCAUCCAAAUCAAAUGUACAAACCCCAAAGCAAUUAGCUUUUCAAACAAUAAUUCAAAACACAAAAAGAAAAAGAUGUUGGGCUCAAACCUCCAACCCCCAUCUUCCUCCGAUGCCGCAUCACCACUUCUAAGCCACCCGAUCGCCGACAACCUCGUGCGGAGCCGGCGGCUCAUCCGGCGCCCGCCGAGGCCUCUCCGCGGAGCAGCUCGCUUCCUACGGCGAGCCACCAGCCGCCGUAUGAUGCUGCGCGAGCCGUCGGUCCGAGUCCGCGAGGCAGCGGCGGAGCAGCUGGAGGAGCGACAAAGCGACUGGGCCUACUCGCGGCCAAUUAUUGUAUUGGACCUCUUGUGGAACGCUGGGCUUCUGGGGAUUGCCAUUGGAGUGCUGUGGCUGAGCCGUGAAGAGAGCCCCUUGGUGCCUUUGAGGACUUGGAUUGUUGGAUACGCGUUUCAGUGCCUCGUCCACAUGGCCUGCGUAGGCGUGGAGUGCACUCGGCGGAGGCGCGUGGGUGAUGUUGCGGUGGCGGAAGAGAGUCCUCGUUGGGAAAAUUCUUCUGGGUCUGGGAGUGAUGAUGGUGAGGACUAUGGAAUUGAACAGAGCGUGGACUAUGCUGGCACCAGUGUUGCAAAACAUUUGGAGUCAGCAAAUACGGUGUUUUCGUUCAUCUGGUGGAUCCUUGGGUUCUACUGGGUGACUGCUGGUGGUGAAAGUUUGAUAAGAGACUCCCCUCAAUUGUACUGGAUUUGUAUCACUUUUCUUGCUUUGGAUGUGGUUUUUGUUGUGAUCUGCAUUGCCGUUGCAUCUCUCAUUGGCAUUGCCGUUUGCUUCUGUCUCCCCUGCAUCAUUGCUAUCUUGUAUGUUGUGACAGAUCAGGAAGGAGCAACAAAGGAAGAGAUCGACCAUUUGCCAAAGUACAAGUUCCGCACGAUAUCUGAUUUUGAGAAAGUUAAUGGUGAGAUCCAAGAAUCUUUUGGAGGAAUAAUGACUGAAUGUGAUACUAAUACGCCCACUGAACAUGUUCUCUCCCAAGAGGAUGCUGAAUGUUGCAUCUGCCUUUGUGCCUAUGAUGAUGGAACUGAACUGCGUGAACUUCCUUGCCAUCACCAUUUCCACUGCACCUGCAUAGAUAAAUGGCUACAGAUCAAUGCCACCUGUCCACUCUGCAAGUUCAACAUUUUGAAGUCUGUCAGCCAAAGCGGCAGUGAAGAGGUAUAAAAAGCAAGUUCUGUGUAACAGUUGUGACCAAAUUUUAUGUCCUGCUCCUAUGUACAUAGAGUGUACACCACGAAGAUUUCUCCAGCUGCUGGGUUCCAUUCCACGAGAAUCCAGAUGCGGCUUCAUGGUCGGCUUUGUUGAUGCUUCAUCUUCACUGCCUAGAGUGUUAGCAUGUGUUGCGACAAAAAAAAAAAAAAAAAAAGGAGUGUUAGCAUGUACUCCGACAAAAAAAAAAAAGUGUUAGCAUGUAUAUUGAGUUCUUUAUGUUGGAAGGCAUUUAUGUAAUAUCUAAUAAAGAAAAGUUUUUAAUGUAA